GCCGUUUCUCGGAAAAGCUUUUCAGUAAAUGCACUCAUGCUGCUCCAGGAGCUCUUCUCUGCAACAAGCCGCCCAUCUGCCAUCAACAAGUUAAGACCGAGAGAACUAACGGCUGCAGAAAGGAGAGGCUGAAGCUUUGAUUAACCAGCUGAGCAGUUAGAGGAGGACGAAAUUAAUAACUUAUAUUUAAAACUGAUUUAGGGGAUCAGAGUGGUCACAAAAAAUGAAACCAGUGCUUUCGAGAGGAAUAUCCUAAGGAAAAAACAACUCACCCUGGUGGAUUCAAUUUUACUCGGAAAGCCUGGGACACAGAAAACAGGAAACUGGUCAAAGGCUCCCGCAUGUUAGAGCCUUUUACAGACUCACUGCGUUGAGUCUGACAACCGAGACUGAAUGCAGGCUCCAAUGUGCUCAGAAGAAUGGGCUUACAUUUCAAGUGGCCAUUAGGGGCCCCUAUGCUGGCAGCAAUAUAUGCAAUGAGUAUGGUUUUAAAAAUGCUGCCUGCCCUGGGUAUGGCAUGUCCACCCAAAUGCCGCUGUGAGAAGCUGCUCUUCUACUGCGACUCUCAGGGCUUCCACUCAGUGCCAAACACCACAGACAAGGGCUCUCUGGGCCUGUCCCUGAGGCACAAUCACAUCACAGAGCUCGAAAGGGAUCAAUUUGCCAGCUUCAGUCAACUUACCUGGCUCCACUUAGACCAUAAUCAAAUUUCAACAGUAAAAGAAGAUGCUUUUCAAGGACUAUAUAAACUUAAGGAAUUAAUCUUAAGUUCCAACAAAAUAUUUUAUUUACCAAACACAACUUUUACCCAACUGAUUAACCUGCAAAAUUUGGACCUGUCUUUUAAUCAGCUGUCAUCUCUGCACCCAGAGCUCUUCUAUGGCCUCCGGAAGCUACAGACCUUGCAUUUACGGUCCAACUCCCUGCGGACUAUCCCAGUACGCCUGUUCUGGGACUGUCGUAGUCUGGAGUUUCUGGAUUUGAGCACAAACCGUUUGCGAAGUUUGGCUCGCAAUGGAUUUGCAGGAUUAAUCAAACUGAGAGAGCUUCACCUAGAGCACAACCAGCUGACGAAGAUUAAUUUUGCUCAUUUCCUACGGCUAACCAGUCUGCACACACUCUUCUUACAAUGGAACAAAAUAAGCAACUUGACAUGUGGGAUGGAGUGGACCUGGGGCACUUUAGAAAAGCUAGACCUGACUGGAAAUGAAAUAAAAGCCAUCGACCUGACAGUGUUUGAAACGAUGCCUAAUCUUAAAAUACUCCUCAUGGAUAACAACAAGUUAAACAGCCUUGAUUCCAAGAUCUUAAACUCCCUGAGAUCCCUCACAACGGUUGGCCUCUCUGGCAAUCUGUGGGAAUGCAGCCCUCGAAUAUGUGCUUUGGCCUCCUGGCUGGGCAGUUUCCAAGGUCGGUGGGAGCAUUCCAUCCUAUGCCACAGCCCCGACCACACCCAAGGAGAGGAUAUACUAGAUGCAGUCCACGGAUUUCAGCUCUGCUGGAAUUUAUCAACCACUGUCACCGCCAUGGCUACAACUUAUAAAGAUCCAACCACUGAAUAUACAAAAAGAAUAAGCUCAUCAAGUUACCAUGUGGGAGACAAAGAAAUCCCAACUACUGCGGGCAUAGCAGUUACUACUGAAGAACACUUUCCCGAACCAGACAAUGCCAUCUUCACUCAGCGGGUAAUUACGGGAACAAUGGCUUUAUUGUUUUCUUUCUUUUUUAUUAUUUUUAUAGUGUUCAUCUCCAGGAAGUGCUGCCCUCCCACUUUAAGAAGAAUUAGGCAGUGCUCAAUGAUUCAGAACCACAGGCAGCUCCGAUCCCAAACGCGACUCCAUAUGUCAAACAUGUCAGACCAAGGACCAUAUAAUGAAUAUGAACCCACCCAUGAAGGACCCUUCAUCAUCAUUAAUGGUUAUGGACAGUGCAAAUGUCAGCAGCUGCCAUACAAAGAAUGUGAAGUAUAAUAUCUACCCAUCAUCAAAAAUCACAUCAGAUAAGUAACCUAUUUUACAUAGUAGGGGCUAAAUACAUAUCUAAUUUUUACCAAUGGUGACAUUAAGGCUAAUUUUUCCAAACCAAGUGGAGACUUAGGUUUCUGACGUGUUGAAGUAUUUUAAAUUUUUUUUAAUGAAACCAUAUUUUAAGUGUUAAAUGAAGUGAUGCUCACAUUAAUUUGCACUGUUGUUGGAAAGUCUAAAAAUGCUUACUUCAAAAUAAGACAUUUCAUGUAUGUAAUUAUACACUAUCAUGGGUAAACAUUUACCCUAAGGUCUCCAUAUGCUAUUUUUUUUCUACUGAAGGCAGUUUGGAAAGAAGCUACUGAGCAGAAAGAUAUGGAUCAAUACUUGUUUGAUCAUUGCUCUCUACCCCAAGUACCACAACUGGCUUGCUGCUUAAAAGGAGACUUUAGCAAAGUUCUCUUGUAUGAUAAUUUGGUAUUUACUCAAACCUACUAUUUACUGCCAGCGUGGGGAGUAGAAUUUCACAUAUGCUGAAGACUGGUCAAUAUUAAACACUCUUCUUCCAAAGUUUUUGCCUGGGUUAAUAGAUAUUAUCAAAGUCCAUAUCAUGAAAUCAGAACCCUUUAUGUAAUUCUAAUAAGCUGAGGGACUCUUUAAUAUAUUUAAACAAUGAAUCCAAGUGACUGUGAAAAGGUGUCAUUACAAUGAAAUCAAUACUAAAUAA